AUGGAUACGUUUUCACUAAGUUCUCCCGGUUUUGUGAACCUAUUAUCUUCCCAGUCCAGUCAAACCGUAGAAGUAGGGUCGUCUGAGGUUCCUAAACCGGCUGCUGAAAGGAGAAAGUGGACGACUCAAGAAGACAUUGUCCUCAUCAGUGCCUGCUAUGAGGCAGCAUUGAAGGAGCAAUCUAGUGGGCAGAACGAGAACGAUGUCAUGAAGUCAGCUCAUGACAUCUUCUUUAACGACUACCAGGCGAAGUUUACACUUGAACACGCGUGGAGGGAGCUGAGGUAUGAUCAGAAGUGGAGAUCGAACUCUAUAUCAAGAGAUGAUACAAAGGAGAAAAUGAAAGAAGCUGCGGAGACGGUGCCUGACUCGGAUGAGGCUAGGCCUCCUGGCGUUAAGGCUUGCAAAGCAGCCAACCACAAGAAGCAUGGCAAUGAAGCUGCAUUUGAUCGUCUGGAGAGCAUUCUAGAGAAGAAACAGAAUCUUUCGAAACAUAAAAUACUUGAUCGUCUCCUCUCUAAGAACAUAGCUAGUCUAAGUGAAGCUGAGGUGAAAGGAUGUCCUGGCGUUGUCACGGGCGUAUGGGAGAUAAAGUCUGACGUUGAUGGGUUAUUGUAG